AUGUCUCGGCCAAACCAAAUUACUGAGCUGAUUACUUUGGAAACGUUCGUUGGUGUCAACCCCUUUCAAACCCCAACUGCUGAAGGAACUCUGAUCCAAGCCCAUGAAAAUGAAUUAAGAUCCAGAGCGACGAAGACCAAAGAUGAAGUUGUCGAAACGACUAACUUGAUGUAUGGCAGCGAAAAGGAUCCCGACAACUUUCCGGAUGGUGGUACGCAAGCAUACCUUGUGUUGAUCGGAGCUUUUUGCGGUCUCUUCACUGCCUUUGGCAUCUCCAACUCGGCAGGGGCAAUUGAAUCGUACGUGAAGAAUAACCAACUUAAGGGAGUUGAUCAGACUCUGGUCUCAUGGGUAUUCUCUCUUCACUUGGCCAUUUUAUAUUUUGGCGGGGUGUUUUUCGGUCCUGUUUUCGAUAAGUUUGGUGCCAAGAAGCCUUUGCUCGUGGGAACUAUUCUCUCAACUGUGGGAUUAAUUGUUGUGGCCCAACUGACCAAACUUGUGCACUUCGUUCUCUCGUUCGGUUUACUUACAGCGUUAGGAUGCCUGAUCAUGAUGCUGCCAAGUGUGGGUGCUAUUUCUCAUUGGUUCCUUCGCAAAAGAGCGUUAGCAUCCUCAAUUGCGACUAUGGGAGGAUUGGUUGCUGGUUCCGUAUUUGGUGCUGUACUCCCGAAACUCUACGAAUCGAUUGGCUUCGAUUGGGCUAUCAGAACAAUGGCUCUUAUCUGUUUCGUUUGCCUGCUGAUCUCAGUCGUGCUUGUAAAAGGUAGAGACGCGAUGAAACCCGCGCAGCAUGAAGACAUUCCAUGGACCACAGAAUUGUCGGCUUUCUUUCGUGGAUUAUUGGAUUUGUCUCUUCUUGCAAACAAGCAAUUUUUGUUAUUGGCAGGGGCGUCAGGAUUGGCAGAAAUCGUGUGCAUGUCAACACUUACGUACUUGUCAUCCUAUGCUAUUAAUCAUGGCGUUCCUUUCAAUCAAGCGAAUUUGUUGAUUACAGUGGUCAACGUUUGUGGUAUCCCUGCACGAAUCCUUUCGGGUUGGAUGGCUGACCGUUGGGGCCGUUUCAAUAUCAUGUUUGCCACUUCAAUUUUAUCCACAAUUGUGAUUUUUGCUCUCUGGUUUCCCGCAAAAGGUUCAGUUGCUUUCCUUUACGUGUUUGGUGUGCUUUUCGGUAUCUUUACCUCUGCGAUCGUGCUGUUGAUUCCAGCCUGUGCGGGGCAAAUUUGCAGUGCUGAUCAAUUUGGCAAGGUUUAUGGCACUUUGUAUUUCGUUUUGGCUUUUGUCAUGAUGAUUGGGAUGUACUUAGCUUCCGUGGUCAUCAGUAAAGGAAGUCAUGUAGACUACAGUCAUUUGGUAUUGUACGAAGGUGGUUUGGGUGCUGGCUCAGCAGUAGCAUGGUUACUCGCUAGAUGGCUGGUUGUCGGUUGGAAGUGGUGUAAGUUUUGA